AUGGUAGCCGCAGGAUAUUCGGCGCUUCCGCAGGCGAUCAAGGAGCGGAUGCACACGCUUCCUAGCAGACUAUCGACAAACUUCGGCGGGAUAUUGGGCCGCGACGACGAGCCAGUGGAGGUGGAGCACUUCCAGUACGAGCAGAAGCUCGACCGGACGCUGUUGAGCAGGCGAUCUGUGAUCGGGCUUGGGUUUGGAUUGAUGAGCCCGGUGCUCGGCAUGAGUACGACGUUGGGAAUUGGGCUUGUGCACGGUGGCCCGCCGACGAUCCUCGGGGCGUUUGCGCUCUGCGGGCUCAUGAGCUGGCUAACCGCGCUCGCGAUUGGCGAGGUGGUGUCGAAGUACCCGAUUGAAUUGCACGGCAGCGUUGCGUUGUUGGCGCCGGAGCGGUACCGGUUGGUGGCCGCGUACUACACGGGCUGCUUGAUUUUGCUGGGGAACUGGGUCAUGAACGCGAGCAUCCAGUACGCGGGCGCACAGCUAAUCAUCUCGCUUAUUGCGAUAUCGGGCGAUCUGGUGUCGGAGGAGAACCUCGCGAUAUGGACGGUUGCCGUGUACUUUCUGUCCAUAACGGUAACGGGGGUGAUAAAUGCGAAGUUUGCGAGCUUUCUUGAGCCCAUCAACACGGUGUGCAUAUAUUGGAUUCUCUAUGCGGUGGUGUUCAUCGACGUUUUACUUAUCCUGUUUCACAAGGGCUCGUUCAGGCCCUUCCUGUCAGCCUUCUCGAACUUUGACAACCGGCUAUCUGGCUACGAAAGCAUGCUGCUGUCUUUUCUCGUCGGCGGGCUACAGCAGUCCAAUUUCACGUUGCAGGGCUUCAGCAUGUUGCCUGCGCUAUCCGACGAGACGCAGGAGCCCGAGAAGGAUAUUCCCAAGGGCAUGUCCCAGGCGGUGCUUGUUUCGACCGUUUGCGGUGUCAUCUACUUAGUGCCGCUCUUGCUGGUGAUGCCGUCGCCGGAAGAGGUGAUGAGCGAUUCGCGAGUCAUGGAAAUAGUGCUGCUCUUCACCAAGUCUACGCGCUCGAACAUAGUGUCUUAUUUGCAAGUGAUGCUCAUUCUCGGAAACCUCUUAUUUUCUGGCAUUGGCUCCAUUACCACUUCCUCCCGUGCAGUGUAUAGCAUCAGCAGAGACCAUGCUAUACCAUAUUAUGAAUUGUGGUCGUACGUGUCGCCCGGAUCUCAGUCUCAGGUCCCGAAGUAUGCGGUCUACUUGAGCAUGGGUGCUUCCUAUCUAUUUGGCAUUCUUCCGUUAAUAUCGGGUACGGCGUACAAUUCGUUCAUAGGUGCCUCCGUCAUGUGUUUGUGCUCAGCUUCCGGGCUAGCCGUCAUUUGCGUAAUGCUAAACGGGAGACGUGGUGUGAAGGGUGCUGCCGUGAAGAUACGGUGCCGGCUGGGUUGGCCUGUGAGCAUCGUGGUUCUCCUAUGGCUACUAUUGGUUAUGUUCUGCAUGUGCAUGCCGGUAACUCUCCCGGUGACCUUCUCCUCGAUGAACUACACGAGCUGCAUCUUUGCCGUCUUCUUGGUAGGCAUUGGCGCGCUCUACAACUUAUGGGGAAGGUACCAUUUCAAGAUCCCGCAGAUAUAUGAGAAUAUCCCGCUCACCUCACGUGGCACUACGGUGUCACCACUCAUGCUUGACUCCCCGUCCAAGGCAGAAGACACAUUCCUCACGCAGAAUUCAUUAACGACCGUGGUUGGAGAAGGCUCUGCGGGCCCCAGCCACUGUUAA